UAAAUUUUCAGUUGUGGCCAGAAGAAGAACCCGCGAAUUUACUUCAAUUUAGAUUUGUUUUCAAUUUAAUUUGUCUUGUUUUGACUUGGGAAACUAACUUCAAGUUUGAGUACCCUUCAAUAAAUGGAUAAAUAACUAUCACCAGUAACUAUAGAUGCAAUUGAAAUGCCUCGUUUAACGAGAAAUGCUCUUAAUACAGAGAGUCCUGAGCCAACAAGACGUAGUUCCAGGGCAUCCACUCAAGCGUCAUCUACCAGCUCUCAAGCUACUCCGCCACCAGCUCCCAGGGGUAGAAGUAGAAGUAAAAGAGGAGCAACUGGGGAUGCAGGUGAUGGAGAAGAGAAACCAGUUGAAAAACCAGAAACUGAGAAGUCAGGGAGAGGAAGAAGUCAAUCUCGUAAAAAAGUUGAAACUAAUGUUGCGGAGGAGCAAAAACCACGUGGUAAGAAAGAAACCCCUCAGACACCUAAGAGGGGAAGAAGUAAGACACCAGGUGGAAGAAAAGGUAAAGCAGCUAAAGUUGAAGAUGUACAGGAACCAGAGGAAGCAGAUGAAGUUGGAGAUGUAAAAGAAGAGUUAGAUCUAGAACCAGAACCAGUUGAAAAGGCCAAAAGACGCACUAAAGCCAAGGCACCUUUUGAAGACAGUCCAAAGCCUCCUAUAACAACUUCCCCAACUAGUAGGGGUAGAAGAGGCAGGCCAUCCAAAGGAGGGUCGCCUGCAACAAGCACACCACCUGCUAAAACUGCCUCAAGGAGGGGGCGAAAAUCAGAUGUCCAACCUGAUACAGACAUUUCAGUUCCUGAAUUGGUAGCACCUAUUACCAAAGGUGAUGAAGUUGUAGCUGUUACAAAAGCUGAAGAAGUUGUAGCUGUCACAAAAACUGAAGAAGUUGUAGCUGUCACAAAAGCUGAAGCAGCUGUAGUAGCUGCCACAAAAGCUGAAGCAGCUGUAGUAGCUGUCACAAAAGCUGAAGAAGGUGUAGCUGUCACAAAAGCUGAAGAAGUUGUAGCUGUUACAAAACCUGAAGAAGUUGUAGCUGUCACAAAACCUGAGGAAGAGACUUCAAGUCCAGAGGUUUCAAAGACAUCAACACCAUUUAAAUCUUCAGAAACACAUCAGACUACAUUACAGCCUGAACCAAAAACAUCAUCAAGUCCUGUAAAGAAACCAGAUCUGCCCUUAACAGAGAAAGAACAUAUGCCACAUCCUUUUGUAGAACCAAUCACACCUGAAUCAGAAACAGCUGAACCAGAACCAACUCUUCCUAGUCCAGCCAUUGAAGAUGUAUCACCAAUGGAGACCGAACCUGUUGUCCUUGUACCAGCCCCUGUACCAGCGACUACUACUCAAGCUGAUCAAACUCCAUCUUCCGGCGGGACUAAAAGAAAACUGGAAGAAGCUGAUGGUGAUGAAGUAGAUGAACCCAGCUCUAAGCGACAAAAUAUUGUCAGUGAAGAUCAAUCAAAUGAAGCCAUGCCAGCAAUGACAACUGAUGUUGAAAUGUUUGAACCUGCACCAAUCAAACCAGAUGUUAAUACACUAAUCAAACCAGAUGACAGAACAUCAGCUAUACCAACACAAUCAGAACCAGUUUCACAAUCAUCAUCCCAAACAUCAGAAGCUGAAGCGAAAACUGAUGUUGAGGACUUCGUAAUAAUUUCUCAUGCAGAUGUUCCUCCAGCCAAUAGUCAAGAGAUUCAAAAAUCACUUCCAAACUCUCAAGUUGAAUCUACUGUCUCUGUUCCUGUAAAAACACCUGUAGCUCGAGUUUCCUCAGCUUCAGAAGUCAGUACAUCUGAAGCAGAGGCAGCUCCUAGUCUUCCAGUGAAAUCAGCUUCAACUGAAGCGGCUGUUUCUAGCCAGAUGGACUUUCCCUCAAUUCAGACUUCUCAAAAUCCAAUGGUAGAAGAUGUAUCACCUGUAGAAAGCAGUAUGGAUUCAAAUAUUGGCAGUUAUGGGGAUGACAAAGAAGCUGUAGCACCACAGGCAUCUGCCGCUGAUUCUAACGUAUCAUCACAGAGUGCAGAAGUGGAUAUAAACACACAUCUAGAGCCUGUGACAGAUUCCAAUGCCAAUGAAGCCAUCCCCCAACAAAACAAUUCAUAUAAUUGUCAGCCUGUAUCUCAACCCAUAGUCAGUCAAUCAGAACCGGUCACCAGUAGUCAAGCGACAAGUAAUGGAGUGAACAAUACAACAAACCUUUCAACUUCUCCUAAAAAGACAAUCGAUCACUUUGAACCAAAGCUGGCGCCAACCAGUGCAUUUUUAAGUAACUUCAGUAGCGAUAUCUUCCAUAGACAUUACUUGUCGAACCCUGCUCUAACCUCACCCGUAGAUAAAUCCCGCCAGUUUAGUCUCGUCUCAUAUAACAUACUAGCUGAUUGUGCUAUGAAAAAAGGUGAUUACAGCUAUACGGAAGAGAAAUAUUUAGAUCAAACGUAUAGACAUAAUCUAUUAAUUAGAGAACUCAAGUCAUUAGAUGGAGAUAUUGUUUGCCUCCAAGAAGUCAACCCAAAUUAUUUCAACACGUUAUUAAAACCUGAAAUGGAAGGGUUGGGUUAUAUAGGAUCUAUGCAUAAAAGAUGUCAGGAUUCAUUUGAUGAAGGAGAAGCAACAUUUUAUAAAUCUAGCAGAUUUUCUCUAGAAGAACAGAAAGGUUAUUCUUUAAAAGAUCUAGCUGAUCGUGAAGUAUUAGCUGGUGGAUUAAGUGAUGAGGUACAAACAGCUGUAAGAAAGUAUUUAGAUAGAGCUGACGUCCUUCACUUAUCUCGUCUCAGGUGUUUACAUACAGGAAAGAUCAUCACUGUUGGGAAUAUUCAUGUGGUGUGGAAUAAUUUUAAAAGUCCAGAUGUUCAGUGUAUUCAGAUUGCCAGUGCUGUAAAGGAAAUAGUUAGUAAAGCUGGUAAUGAUACAUCACCAUUCUUGUUCUGUGGAGAUUUUAACAGUGAAAUAACCAGCCCAGGAUAUCAACUAGCCAGGGAUGGUUAUCUAUCAGAUACUAACAUACAAAAAUUACAAUCACUUGAAAACCUAGAAACAACUGAUGGAUCAAAGUCUUUGCUGAAUCAUUUAUGGAGAGCAUUCCAGCACACAGCUUCAAAUUUGAAGAGUGCUUACUGUACUGUCCAGGGUCAAGAACCAACUCUCACAUCAUUUACAGCCUUUAUGCAUUCUGCUGUAGAUUAUAUUUUCUACAAUGGCAAUAGUUUAAAUGUAGAUGGCGUCUUACAAGUGGUACAUGAACAAGUGAUUGAAAAGACAUGUGGCAUGCCCACUGCUCAGUUCCCUUCAGAUCAUGUCUCAUUAAAAGCUGUGUUCAAUUUCAAGGAAUAAGUACAGGUUAAUUAAUACUUGAGGAACAUUAGGAGUUGAUGCUAUGUGUUUCUACUGUAAGAAAAAAUACUAGAAAAAUUUCAUUCAUUUAAACCACCUAUAAAUAAUCAUAUUAUCAUUUUAAUCACCAACACAUAAAAUGUGCAGUAUAUAUUAUAUAUAAUAUAUUAUAGAAUAUAUUCACAGCUAUUGUUUAGUUUUGUCUAAUUUUAACUAAGUGGUGGCGUCGACUGAUUUAGACACUGUUUAUUGCUCCUAACUUUGUUUCAUUUUGCUUUUUUUAAUUGAAUGUUAAAAGCUUUUUAGCAAUAAGAAUAUAUUUUAUGUGUAUGACUUUGUUAAUUGUUUCUGCAUUGAUUAUAAUUGUUUAAUAUCUUGUUUAUGGUUCAAUUAUAUUGCAUAUUUAUGUUGUAUACUGUUGUAUUAUUAUAUAAAAAAUAUGCUUUUUAAAUUUCACUUAAUUAUGCCUAAUACAGAAAUUGUAAAUAAUUAUUAUUGUACAACAGUCAAAAUCGAUCGAAAAUAAAAUUUAUUGGCAAGAGA